UCUGGGUAGAGCCUCGGUGCAUCAACUGUUCCCGCGCAAGUCGUUUCUCCUCUCUUUCCCAAUGGCGACGGAAGCAAUGGCCUCCGGCAGCACGAACGGAACUUCCGUCCCGAAAGUGGACAAUUUCAUCCACGGAGUCUUUCUGGCACCAUCCACGCAACAAUAUCUGGAAGUCACCAACCCCGCCAACGAUCACACGAUUGGUCUCGUCGGCGUGUCCGAGAUCGACGACGUGCAAGCCGCCGUCCAAGCGGCACAGGAUGCCUUUCCCGAAUGGUCCGGCUGGACUACGAAAGCCCGUGCCGCUGUCAUGCUCAAAUUCCACGCACUCGUACAGGAACACGCGGAAGAACUCGCGCGUUUGAUCGUCGCCGAAAACGGCAAAAAUCUGACGGAAGCACUGGCGGAUGUUGCCAAGGGGAACGAAACGGUGGAGUACUCGUGCAGUUUGCCCCAGCUUGCACAAGGGAAAACGCUGUCGGUGAGCAGUGGCGGUGUGAGUUGCCAAGAUCGUCGCGUUCCACUCGGAGUCGUGGCUUCGAUUGUACCAUUCAACUUUCCCUUUAUGGUACCCAUGUGGACCAUUCCCAUCGCUCUCGUCAUGGGUAAUACUAUGGUACUCAAACCCAGCGAAAAAGUUCCGCUGACGAUGCACCGAGUUGCCUCGCUUUUGCAACAAGCCGGCCUUCCCGACGGAGUCUUCAACAUGGUGCAAGGCACGCAAGCCGCCGUCCAAGCCUUGAUUGCGCACGAACACGUCAAGGCUGUUACUUUUGUCGGUUCGUCGCACGUGGCACAAUUGGUGGCGACGUCCUGUCGGGGACUGCACAAGCGUUGUACCGCACUAGGCGGGGCCAAGAAUCAUUUAGUCGCCUUGCCCGAUUGUGACGUGGAAAGUGCCGCCCGCGAUAUUUGCGUCAGCUUUGCAGGCUGCGCCGGACAGCGGUGCAUGGCGGCAUCCGUUUUGUUGUUGGUGGGAACGGCACAAGAGACGCUGCUCAAUAUGGUAGUGCAAAAUGCAGCAAGUUUAGCGCCAGGUAGUGAGCCUGGACAGGUGGGACCGGUGAUUGACGUGGUUUCGUACGACAAGAUUUUGCGGUACAUUGCACAGGCGGAACAGGAUGGUGCCAAAGUUUUGUUGGACGGAAGGGGAUGGAAACGCAAGGAAGGUUGUUGGAUUGGGCCGACUGUGUUGCUGCACUCGAGCCCGACCGAUACAACCAUGACGGAGGAAGUUUUUGGACCAGUCCUCUCCGUCUACGUCUGUAGUUCUUGGGAAGAGGCCAUUGCGAUUGAAAAAGCUAACGAGUUUGGCAAUGCUGCAUCGAUCUACACGACGAAUGGGGCGAAUGCGGAAUGGUUCCUGUCGCGCUUCCAAGCCGGCAUGUUGGGCACCAACAUUGGGAUUCCGGUCCCCCGGGAACCCUUUUCGUUUGGUGGCUUGUACGGAACCAAAAGCAAAUACGGCGACAUGGACAUAACGGGAGAUGGCGGAAUGGAAUUCUUUUCCAAUCGAAUCAAAAUUACAAGUAAGUGGCCUCUCAAGCGCACGGCCGACACAAUGCUCAACGGCGUCGGUCCCAGCAAUGGGACAGUCGCGAGCGGAACGGCAAAAAAGACUGUGGAUCAAGCCAACUUUGCGGGCAGUAUGUAAUUUAAGCUUGCGACAGCAUUAGUCAUAAAGUAUAUCUGAC